UUGAGAAAGACAGACUAACAGUCCUUUCUCAAUACUACUGUUCCUAUUGCUUCCUGUCUCUCUUCAUGCUGCCCUGUCAAAUUAACCCUUGUGUGGUGUUCAUAUUUUUGUUACUCAGCCAGUGUUCGUGGGUCUGGUGGACACGUUGCAGUUUUGGGUUUUUAGUUCAACACAAUCAAAAAUUAUAUGUUAAAAUACUCAACACAUGUUUAUAUAAAUACUAAACAGCAUAUAUGGUCAAAAUUUGCCCUUUACCUUUGUUAGAUCACAUUUAUGAAUUAAAGGGCAGAAACACAAAAUUCACACUCUUGACUCUCUCUCUCUCACACGCACACACACAUAGAAACACACAUACAGUAUAUAUCCUAUAAUAGCAGGCCCAGACAACAGGAGUACAGAGUGAAGGUACACAGGACCUAAAAUUUCCACUUUUUUAUUAGCCUCGGUUCCAGUGGACCUGAAUAUCCUGUAUGUAAUAUAAAUGUGUAUGGGGGUGUACAGUGAGUGGUCAUUGGAAAUUUGUUCUGAUAGCCUAUGUUCUUUAAAGAAAAUGAGCCAAGGCCAAUGAGUCCGAGUUUGAAAAAAUAAUUAAUCACGUCAUUUUUCUUUUGAUAAAACACUGGCAAAUGUCCAGACGUAUAAAAAGGACUUAAAAAGAAAAAUCAGCAUCAUUGAAAGCUUGAAUAGAAUAUCAAUCUAUUGACCUAAUAAGAAUUUCUUGGGUGCAUUGAUUCAAAAGUUAGAUCAAGUGAUUGCAAAAAUAAACUAGAAUCAUCUACAGGCAUUUAUUCUAUCUGAAAAAAUGUGUUGUGCAAAGAAAUGAUAAAACACAGUAUUACAUUUCAUUAGGGAACAAAUUUGUAAUUUGUGGUUAAAAUAUAAAGACAAAAAUUGGUAAGAUUUGAUGCUGAAAGCACCGAAUGCAAUUAUGAAUAAAAAGAUAAGUCACGCUUUUGGUUUUUGCCACCGAUCGCUGAUAACAUCAGUUCCUGGCAUGUCUUCUAGCGUAGAUUAUGCUAAAAUAAAAAGAGCUAUACAGAUAUAAACGAGCUCUGUAAAGCGUAUGAAAACAAUUACAGUUACUACUUUGUAUUGACUCAUGAUAAAGGGGCGUGUAAUUAUUGAAAUUUCUGCAAUAUCCAAAAUCGUGUACGCGCAUUCACCGGCAGCUCUGAACAUCACCAAAAGCGUGUGCGCGCAAAGAAGAAAUAGCCUAACAGGACAACGGAGACGCGGUGGCUUGGAAAGGAAAGACAAAUACCUAAACUGCUAAACGGAUUGCCCUCCUGAAUGAAAUUCAGAUGUUUUUGUCGACGGACACAUACAGGUUAUCAUUACAACAAUGUGCGACGCCUCUCGCUGAUGUUCCAGAUUUCGUUACAUCUGCUCUCGCUCGUCUGCGGAAGAUCCAUCAUUGAGAUCUUGACAGCAUUACAGCCGAUGAGAGGUGCACCGGAUAUACUAUUUAUACCCAGACACACUGAGCAGCAAUAAUGCGUUUUGUCGAUUUUGUCAUAGACAUUUGUUUUGCAAUGUAAUUUCAGUCGUCUCGCCUGCUUUCUAGAAAGGAGGUGGAAAGGAACAGAACGGGGUUUUUUUUACCGAAUGCAUUAUCAUAACAAACCUCCCAUCAAUUAUUUAAUUGAUUCAUGGUCAAUUCUGGUGUGACAGAAAGACUGGCAAAUCAAAUCAAGGACGGAUACCAAUUUACUGCUUCAAAUCAGAUCAAAUCUUUAUUUAUCUCCAGUCAGUGGACUCGCGGCAGAAGCGCAUUUCUGAGGGUACCGGUGGGGUAGAUAGGGGGAGAUAGAGACGCCGGAAAUAGCAGAAACAAAUCACAGGAGAGUAGACGGUUGGGAGCAAGCGAGAAAAAAAUGCUACCUUCGCAAGAAGCCUCAAAGAUUUACCAUGACAACUAUAUGCGUAACUCUCGAGCCAUCGGUGUCCUGUGGGCCAUCUUCACCAUCUGCUUCGCCACCAUCAACGUGGUAGUCUUCAUCCAGCCUUACUGGAUCGGGGACAGCGUGAGUACACCACACGCCGGUUACUUCGGGUUGUUCCAUUACUGCGUGGGCGACGGUAACUCGAACCGGGAGCUGAUUUGCCAGGGAACAUUUUCCGACUUCAGUUCCAUCCCGUCCGGCGCGUUUAAGGCGGCCUCUUUCUUCGUGCUGCUGUCCAUGGUGCUCAUUUUGAGCUGCAUCGGUUGUAUGGCGCUCUUCUUCUUCUGCAACACCGCCACCGUCUACAAAACCUGCGCUUGGAUGCAGCUGCUUUGCGCUGUGUGCCUGGUGCUGGGCUGUUUGAUUUUCCCAGAUGGCUGGGAUGCAGAGGUCAUCCGGGAUAUGUGCGGAGAGGAGACAGGAAAGUACACACUGGGAAACUGUUCAGUGCGCUGGGCUUACAUACUGGCCAUCAUCGGCAUCCUAGAUGCUCUCAUCCUGUCCUUUCUUGCUUUUGUCCUCGGAAACCGCCAGAACGACUUUAUGCACGAUGAAAUCAAGGCUGAAAAUAAAGAUUUGGCAGUAUCCAGGCAAGCUCUUCGUGUAGGGUCUUCUCUUCGAGUGGAUGGAAUUGAGAUCCGUGAUACGAAGGACCCUCGAUUCGGUGUCCAGCGGUUUCCGUGAGGAGACAGCAUCCUCCCUCCUUUAUCUUCUCCUCCAUCCCUCUCUCCUUGUCCUCAGGCCUGUGUCUCUAAACUCAGUCAGGAUGCUGCUAGUUCAGCUCUUUAUAAUAUAGAAAAAGACUGGAAUACACAUCAAGAAGAGAACAUAUUCAACAUACACCUAUUUAAAAACCAUGAGAAUUUAAAACCAAUAAAAAGAAGAAAAGAUCAGCUUUACAUAAACCAACAACUCUGGGAAAGUAACAAGUUACACAUAUUACUACUGUUAUUUAAUAAUGCUUUGAUGACAAUUAUGAUGAUAGUCAUGAUUAUGCUUGCAACAGCGAUAUUAUGUUCAGACUUUCAUAUUUUAUCUAAAAUGGGGAACAUAUUUCUAGCUUUAAGAAAAUAUAAUGAAUCAAUGCAUAUGUACAAGAGAUUGGGUGCUACUCUGGACACGCAGAUGAAAAGGAAAAACAUCAAACCAAAAAUUUAAAUAAAACAAAAAAAAGGAAAAAAAAAAAGAAACAUUUUGUACAGCACAAGAUGUAAUUUUGAAGACCAUCUUUUUCUGACAAAUUUUGAAUUCCCCUCUUUGUACAUGUGGUCAGCAAUCAGAGUUAAUUGAUGAAUUAAAUAGUUAAUUUGUAAAUUCUAUAUUUAUAUGGAUACAGGGUACAGCCAUUAAGCAUUUAUUCACCCACAUCAUAUUCCUUCUACAAACGAGUGGAUUUAACAGAUUUAUUAUUUUAUCUCUCAGUUCACCUGAAGGUACCAAUAAUCAUUCUAUGACUGUGCAGCAGAAAAGACUAAACAACAGUUAAAUGGCCUACACCACUAUCCCACAGACAUCUAAUUUGGCAUGCAAAUCUCUUCUUACGUUUCUUUUUUUACAGACACGUCCUCUCUUGAUAUUUCCUUUUUCAUUGAACCUUUUAGAGAGCGUGAGAUAGAUUCUUCGGGCUCUGUUACAUUAAUUUCAUAAUUGGUCAUUUUCUGCAGCUUUUUGUGGUCAUUAGACCAAGGUGAAAUUUUCUUUUGUUGUUUUCAUUGAUCAUUUGUCUCGAGGAAAAGCCCUGCAUGCUGCAUUUUACUCAGGCCCAACAUGUUCUUAUCUGCCAUCUCCCACAUUAGAGCACAGCGGUACAGCACAAAGUUAACCGUAACACAUCUAGGUCAUUACUGAGACUUGGUACACAGUCAUGAAAAUGACUAACUCUAUGUUUCCAAGGCAAGAUGUGUAGCACAAUUAUUCACACAAUUUCUCAGCAUAAACUCACCAUACAUUCAAUGGACUGAUGGGACUUCAUAUGCAAAAUACAACAACUGAUUCUCGGAAUGAUAUCAACAGUCCCAACUACAAAUAAGACAAAUAUUUUGUUAUAAAUAUCUGCACCAUGGUGCACCAUUCAAACGAAAUCUGAAUUUGUGCAAAAUCAGUAUUGGUCGAAGGUUUUACUUUGUUUCAGUUGUGUUUUUACCAACAUCUCCCUCCACUUUGUGUUAAACAAUCUUGUAAUGACAUGAUUUCUGCUAAGUGGCAAGAACUAACACAGACCUGCAACGUGUACUGGACAACAGCAGUUAGGAUCAUCUCAAGAGGAAAGUCCUGUUGGGGGUAGGUCUGGCCCCUAGUCUGCGGCCCCUUGAGUGGCGGAUUUUGGAGAUGCCAUGAGAAGGACUCAGAGCUGAAAAUAAAAUUUGAUGUACUACAUGGUGCUUAAAACCUCCUCACCCUUAGAUAAAGACUGCUUUGCUGCUCCCCAUCUACCUCAGCCUUGAACCCCUCCUACUCUAUUUUCUUGAUAUGCUCCACUGGGAGACAAGCUAGAGAUGAAUGCUGAGAUCAGACAGAGAGUGGGGGUAUGAGGAGCAGGAAGAAAAGACUGCAUUGGACUUUGAGACUAAUGGGUUUCUAUUUCAUAAUCUUAAAAUGCAGCUUCUCCAUAAACUCCCUGCAUCCCAUCAUUUAACUACACUACCGUUAAAAGUUUAGGACAUGCUAAGACAUUUUUUUGUUUGUUUGUUUAAAGAACUUAAGACUUUCAUUUACCUAGGAUGCAUCAAAUUAAUCAGAAAUGACUGUAAAGACAUUUACAACGUUACAAAUGCUAUUCAAACUCAGUUCAUCAAAGAGUCUUACAUGUGCAGCAUUCAGUACUCAGGCAGCUUAUUAAGACAUUCUCCUGCUUUCUGCAGCACUUCCCACAAGAGUAUUGGCUUGUUUUGGCACUUCCCAUGAACCUCGGCUCAAAUAUAAAUAAUCACAAUAAUAAUUUACAAUCCAUUCUUUAUGCCCAUUUAAGCACUUUAUUCUGCCAGAGUCAUUUUUGAAACUCUGCAUAAAGGCCGACAGCACCUUUUCUUCACUGUGGAAGCUGGACUUUAAUGUGUACAGUUCAUUAAAGCUUCUAUCUGAGCAGCAGUGAGGUGUCUGUUCCACAAACUAGAGACGACUUGUGCAUCUGGGCUGUUCACUUCUCUCCGUGUGGUAGUUGCAUCCAGUUUACUUUCUUGAAAA